GGAUAAAAACAAAAUCCUGGCAAAUAAAAUCAAAAGACCCCAUUCUCCAUUAAUUUUUCAUGAAUAACUCAAAAAAUUAAUUUUUCUUUUUAGGAAUUGGCUUAAAGGUUAAGAGUGGAGUAAGAAUGGCUGGCAUAUCCGGAAGCUUCUACAGCUUUCUACAGGUCCAACCGAGCCGCCACUUCACGGCAAAUAUGGUUGCUGACAACGAGCCCCGCGUUAGUGACAUCGCACAUCACAAUCUCCUCCUCCCACAGUAUCGGAAACUCCUAGAAGCAGGAGGAAAAUGUGAUUUGAUUAAAAAAAAAGAGGGCCUAGGUUUUAUUUUAGGGGCGUAAUAUUGAAUGCAACCCUAGAUUGCUUUUGAUUUUUGGUAAAGAGGUUUUUCCUUAAUUAAAAUCAGAGGGGGAAAAGGAGGAAGAAAGACGGGAAAGGAAGUGUUAAAGCGUGAGUGUAAAAAAUAAUAUUUAUUCUAGGGCUUAAGUUUGACCCUGGGAUGCUAUCGGGUCAUGCCUAAUCCAUUUUCUUCACUGUCAUGUUUACAAUAGCUUCAAAUGAGAUCAAGCUAUGGUCGUUCUAUAUUUGAACCUCUUUGAACCAAAUAAAAUACUUCCUGAAGCUGGAAGCCAGAUGCAGUUCAAGCAAUUUCUAUGCAUGCUCAUUGAAGCAGCCACGACAUCAGACAUUUCUUGGAGAAGGGAAGGGAAGAAGGUGCUGUCGCACACUGGAAUGAAGAUGAGAUCUCAAAAGGAAGUUUUUGGUGCUCUGCAUCAAAUUGCUGUGAGGGGCACAUAUGCUGACUAUGCAAUUCUUUCAGAAGACAAGCUUUCCUCAAAACCAACAUCAGUUACUCGUGGAAGCAAGUGCCAUUCCUUUGGCGGCAUUGACUGCAUGGCGUGCCUUAAAAAGUACUGCUAGGAUAAUUGAAGGGCAAAGGCUGUUAGUAAUAGGUGGUGGAGGAGCAGUAUGUUUUGCUGCAAUUCAGCUUGCGAUAGCUGCGGGGUGCCAUUUUACAACUACUUGUGGCAAUCGAAGUAUAAAUUCAGUGAUGGCAGCAGGUGUUGACCAGGCUAUUGAUUUCACUGCUGAGGACAUCGAAGCAGGAAUUAAAGGAAAUGCAAUGGGAUUUUGUUUCAUUGCAUGCCAUGCGGUGAAAUUCGAGGUUUUGAAGAAUAUUUCUUGAUUAGGUUGAAAGUGAG